AUGGGUCUCAAGUGUACAUUAGGUCUACUUCCAACUCUUCCGAGGGAAACAGGAUACAUGUGUGCAAACUAG